UAACACAACAAAUCAAACAAAACAUCGCUUUUGAAUGGAUUAAAAGUAUCCAAAGGAUACCAUCAGUUGAGGUGUUUGUCACUCCAGUGAUCACAUACUCGGAACCCAUUCAUGACAACCAAAGCCAGUCACAACUGAAAUCUAUUUUAGAUAAUUAUAGUAAUUAUUAUCGGGAUUGGAGUGAAGGCAUCACUCAAUCCUUUGGUAUUAUUCAGCGUUUUAUUAGCAUUAGAGACAAGAAAUCACAUAAUUUUUUUGAAUCAAAAACCAAAGAUUGUCUCAAUUUUGCAUUUUUAAGUCGAGAACAUGAAAGUCUGUAUUGGUUUCAAAAGCUACAGGGAAGUCAUUAUCAAUGGUUCAGAAAUUUAUCGAUAUAUCCGUUAAAAUCCAAGUUUUGUUUCCAAUUGGAUGAAAAUAGUGGCCAAAAAUGUGGCGUUCAUUACAAGACCGAUGAUAUGAAUUUACAAUUAGAGACAAUUGAACGCAUCUGUUAUACAUCACCGGAUAAGACACGGUUGGGAUUAACCGAUUGCGAUGUCAUCCUUUGUAAUAUAGAUUUAGACAACUCGUUGGUCGCCAUUCUCAGGGAUGCCUUCACUACAAAAGUCUAUAAAAAUGGCAAAUCCGUAAAAAAAAUGAAAUUUCACUCAUCAUUAGCGCCGUUCAAAGUAGGCAUCGCUUUCAGAGAUGAUGUUAUAAUAAACGAGGCUUUAAUGGAUUUAACCAAUCAUUUAAUACAAUCGCUGAGACUCUUUGACAUACCUGUGCUGCCGUUUACGCCAAACAAAUUGGUAUCAAUCGAGCAUUACGACGAGUUAGGCAUUCCCUACACUAUCAUCCUGGACAACGAGAGCCCCAAAAUGGGUGCCGUUCAGCUGAGGUAUAGGGACUCAGACACCGAGGUAUGA